CUCUUCGUCAGGGAGAGGAGCAGUGAACUCCCCCCAACCUCACCUUCGAGGUCGUGUGAAGUACCGAGCAGAACCUUCAGAUUUCAUCAGAAGAUCUCAAAACCCUAGCGCUUUGGCGUCUCAGUUAAGCCCUCAGUCUCUUUUUCCUCGCAUUUCAUUUCAUCUGGCUCGCUGGAGCUCUCCACUUUCCCAUCGUCUUCCGAAGAACGCCGUACUUUUUCUCCCUGUUCGCGCUCGAACGGUCUCGAUUUGGCGGAGAUCGGGAUCUUGGGCUUGGGGAGUGAGGCACGGAGUGGCCUCGUGGUGAAUGCAGGUUUCUUGGCCGGAUUGUUCGAGGUUUAGUGGAUUGAGGGUUUCUUGACGUCUUUCUCUGUUGGAAUGCUCGGAUGCUGUGGUUCUGGGCAUGGAUUCCCUGGGAUUGAAACAAAUUAGGUGCAGGAAGUGGUUAGGCAGAGAAAUCUUAAAGAUUUGAGAGCUUUCCUAUCGUUCUUCUUUUGUCCUUUCUCUCCCCUGGUCAAGAUUUUGGUGGGGUUUGGUUGUUUUCAAUUGUUAGGUUUUUUUGAUCUGGUGCUCUUUCAUUUUAUCUAUAUUUCUACCAUUCUUCGUCUUUCAUGGAAAGCGUGAUUUUUUUGGGAUUUUGACUUGAAAGCUUGUCUUUUCAGCUUCAAAUACUCACAGUCUGGAGCCGUAAAGACUCAACUGUUAUUUCUAUUGUAUGCAACUCAGCUGAUCUGUUCCAUUCAAACUCACCAUAAGAUAAGUGACAAGAACUGUAUAUGCUCCAUCGAUCUACUGAGGUUGUCUUGUGCUACGAAUGGCCAUCACAGGAACUGAGAAUCCAUUAUUAGGUGAAACCACAUGUGGGUCUUUGCUGCAGCAGUUGCAGCUAAUAUGGAGCGAGGUUGGUGAGAGCGAAGAGGAACGCGACAGAAUACUGCUUCAGCUAGAACAGGAGUGCUUAGAUGUUUACAAAAGGAAAGUUGAUCAGGCGUCAAAGUCAAGAGCGCUCCUUCUCCAGGCCUUGGCUGAUUCCAGAGUGGAGCUCGCCAGACUUCUUUCUGCACUUGGAGAAAAGUCUUUUGUUGGCAUACCCGAUAAAUCAUCUGGCACAAUCAAGGAGCAACUAGCAGCUAUAGCACCAGCAUUGGAACAAUUAUGCAAGCAGAAAGAGGAGAGAAUAAAAGACUUUGCUGAUGUACUUUCACAAAUUCAGAAAAUACAGGGAGAAAUUGCUGGAACUCUAAAAAAUGGUGAGAAGAUGGGGACAUCAGCAGUUGAUGAGGAGGAUUUGUCACUGAAGAAGUUGGAUGAGUACCACUCUCAACUCCAAGAACUCCAGAAAGAAAAGAGUGAGAGGCUGCACAAGGUUCUUAACUUUGUCAGCACAGUUCAUGAUCUUUGUGCUGUCCUGGGAAUGGAUUUCUUCAGUACUAUAACUGAAGUUCAUCCUAGCUUAAAUGAUUCUGUUGGCGUGCAGUCCAAGAGCAUUAGCAAUGAUACCUUAUCAAAGCUUUCUAAAAUGGUCAUAGAACUUAAAGAAGAUAAAAGAAUGAGGCUACGGAAGCUACAAGAGCUAGCAGCCCAGUUAACUGAUCUUUGGAAUCUAAUGGAUACUCCUAUGGAGGAGCAGAGUUUGUUCAAUCAUGUUACCUGUAAUAUCUCUGCAACAGUGGAUGACGUCACAGUUCCUGGAGCCCUUGCCCUUGAUCUGAUUGAGCAGGCUGAAGUUGAAGUCGAAAGGUUAGAUCAGCUAAAGGCCAGCAAGAUGAAGGAAAUAGCUUUGAAGAGACAAACUGAGCUUGAAGACAUAUAUGCUCGUGCUCACAUUGAGAUAGAUUCUGCAGCUGCUCGAGAGAAAAUAAUAUCUCUAAUCGACUCUGGGAAUCUUGAACCUUCAGAAUUACUAACAGACAUGGACAAUCAGAUAUUAAAAGCCAAAGAAGAGGCCCUAAGCAGAAAAGAAAUUUUGGAAAGGGUUGAGAAAUGGAUGUCAGCAUGUGAAGAAGAGAGCUGGCUUGAGGACUAUAAUCGGGAUCAAAACCGAUAUAAUGCAAGCAGAGGUGCACACUUAAACCUCAAGCGUGCAGAGAAAGCUCGUAUAUUGGUAAAUAAAAUUCCAGCUCUUGUUGAUGCACUGGUGGCCAAGACUCGAGCUUGGGAGGACAGUCGUGGCAUGUCAUUCAUGUAUGAUGGUGUCCCUCUUCUUGCAAUGCUGGAUGAGUAUACUAUGCUAAGGCAGGAGAGGGAGGAAGAGAAACGAAGACUAAGGGACCAGAAGCGGUUCCAGGAGCAGGUGAACACGGAACAAGAAGCCUUGUUCGGCUCGAGGCCAAGCCCAGCCAAACCACUCGGGCCAAAAAAAAUGGUGGGACCCCGAGGGAAUGGAGGAGCCUCAAAUGGAACCCCCAGCCGAAGGCUCUCUCUUAACACCCAUCAUGGCAGCGGCAAUGGUGUUAGAUCUGUGAGCAGGGAUGGGAAGAGAGAAGUUAGUCGUCCUGCAGCUCCAGCAAACUAUGUAGCCAUUGCAAAAGAGGAUGCAGUCUCUCAUGCGUCCGGCAGCGAUCCAGCUCCUGCUUCACCUUGACAUCAAUGUGGAAUAUAUAGGUAGGCUGUUUCUUCUAUUUUUGUUGGUGCAGUUUCUGUCUUUUAAGCUCAUGUGAUUUGGAGCAGGGAGUAGCUUCAGACCAGUCUAGGUUGUUGACUUGUCCGGAAGUUCUGUUCUUGAUAAAAUUAAUCUUAAAUGGAGACGCGUUUAUGUGAUGAAUACUGAUCUUGCAAUGUAGUACUAGCCAGUACAUGAUUUGAAUUUUUAUCUUUUGUAAUGUUAUUUUA